GGAGGAGGAGGAGGAGGAGGAUUACAUAAGAUUACAAACAACAAAGGAGCUUCAUGUUUUCGCUGUGCUGUUUGACUUCACUAAUCCACACUAACCUACGCUUACAUAAAGAAAAAAAAUGCUGAAAGAGAAGGGAGGAUGAAGGAGAAGGAAGAUAAGUAUACAAUUCGUAGUAACAGCGAAUGUCAUGAGCUUAUCCUUAUCGUAGAAUGAUAGCGACGUGCAUGUCCCCACAGCUACAGAGACAUACAAGCACGCGUGUCUGUGAAGGUUUAUUUUUCUAAGCGAUUCCUCUCUUCCCUCCCCAGCCCCUCUCAGCCAGCCUCGCCUAGCCUGGUGAUUGGGGGUAUCCGGCAUGUUAGGACACAGCGGAAGAGGGUGGCAGAUGAGACGGGAGGGAGGAUAGGGGUGGGGAUGGGAUGGAGUUGAGUCACUGAACGAUAUGUGAGGGAAAGAAAAGGAAAAUAGGACAGCUAUGAGAAGUGUCUGAGGACGAACAGUUGUGAUAACGUACAUUCUUAGCACGCUACACCACGCAGAUACCGACAUUCUCUCUCACUCUCACUCUCUCUCUCUCUCUCUCUCUCACACACACACACACACACAGGUGGAUAAUACAUAAGCGUCACCACAAUAGCAGGGCAGCGGCGCCAGGGAGUCAUCCACUGGCACCUACGCGGUGAGCAGGGACUGUGAUGUGGAGGUGCUGUGGUAAAUUGUCUCAGUCGUCCCUCUAAGUGUGAUUUACAGAUGCUCGGUCACGGUCUGGUAUAGUGUCCCAUUUUAGUAGCGAGAAUGUAGUGAACAUGUGACAGUGUUUGGUUGACGGUCAAGGCGAGGCAGUGUUGGGGGGAAGCGCGACCAACUCACACUCCCCGCCAAGAAGGACCCAGGAGUGCACUUCCGCUGCGUCACAGUGCACGCAUGGCAGCAGCGGCGCCCGAGGAAGCCAAGGAGAGUCAGUGCGAGCCUCAGCCUCCUGAUGGCGGCUGGGGAUGGAUGGUGGCUGCAGGAGUGUUCCUUAUUGCUCUGGUGGUGCCCAUGCUACUACCCUCCUUCGGGAUCCUGUUCUCGCGGCAACUGCUGGAGUGGCACACCUCCUACACCACCAUCGCCGUCAUCUUCAACACUUUCCUGGUGGUGUGGCGCCUCGCAGGCGUGGUGGUGGGCACCCUCACCAAGGAGUUUGGCUUCCGGAGGGUGGCCGUCACAGGGACGCUCCUCACCGCCACCUCCCUCACCCUCAGUGCCUUCGCCGCCUCGCCCCUCCAUCUCCUCAUCACUUUCUCACUCGGCUGUGGACUCGGCAAUGGGCUCUCCUGCGUCGGCUACCUCAUCUUGGCUCAUUACUUCAAGAAGCGACGCGGCCGCGCCACUGCUUGUCUGGUGGCCGGGGCGGGGCUGGGUCACUUUGUCAGUCCUCUCGUCAUCCGUCUGCUGCAGGAGGAAUACGGAAUGCGGGGCGCCACCGUCGUCCUGGGCGGCAUUACCCUCCAUGCAGUGGUGGGGGCCUCAGUGUUCCAGCCCGUCGAGUGGCAUUGGAAGAAACCAAAGGAAGACAUCGCAAUGGAGGACACCGGUACUUUCUCAUCCCUGCUGCCCUCACACGCCAAGACAAAAGAACCAAAGAGGGCGGAGGUGAAGGUCGCCAACGACAGUAAAGAGGGCACGGAUGACCCACUGUGUGUGGCGCCCUCGCCCAGGCGCGUAUCCCAAAGCACCAGUGUUGCGGAAAGGGAAGGCACUUCGUUCUCAGUCCACACUGUGGUUAUUGUGGCCAAGACGGAAGCUCCCGCUGUGCCUCUUGCAGCGUGGAGGGACAGGAGUCGUGCAUGUGGUCUGUGCAGGACACUGGGUCGCGUGCUGCGGUCUGUGGUGAGGGACAUGCGGGUGCUGCGGAAGCCCACCUGCCUCAUCAUCGGCUUGGCCUCGUCUCUCAUCAUUAACGCGGAGGCAAACUUCUUGGUGAUGGUGCCCUUCGCCCUCCAGGCAGCAGGAUACCCGCUCCAGACAGCCGCCUGGUGCUUGUCCAUCGCUGGGAUGAGUAACCUCUUCACCAGGCUGUGCGUGUCGGCGCUUUCCGACCUGCCGUGGUUCAACAUGCGGCUGUGCUACAUGGCAGGCAUGGCCGCCAUGGCAACCUCCGUUUUGGUGUUCACCUUCCAGAUGGGCGCCGUGUGGCAGGCGGCAGUGAUGGGCGUGUGGGGAUGUGCCGCGGGCAUGUUCUACGGCCUCAAUAACCUCCUCAUGACGCGAGUGGUCGGCCUUCGCUGCCUCAUCUCUGUCUACGGCGCCAGGAAUCUCCUCGGGGCGCUCGGCUUCUUUAUUGUAGGACCUGUGGUGGGUGUGAUCCGUGACGUCAGCGGCAGCUACGCCGUUAGCAUGUGGGUGCUGGCGAGCCUCAUGAGCUUCAGCUUCUUCCUGUGGCUCCUCAUGCCUGCUGCACAGGCCUAUGAGAGCCGCCAGGAGCCUGGGGAGAGAAGCAGCAUUGGGGCGUGACACUCCGCCAGGCGGCUUACUACUGCAACAAUACAUCUUCUUGGGUGGUGCUGGUGGCUGAGGGGAUAGUAGAGGUGGUGGUGGUGGUGGUGGUGGUGGUGGUGACGACGACGGUGGCGGUGGCGAUGGUGGUGGCGCCGCGAUUAAAGUCAUUGUCUCUUAACCAUCAGUCAUUUGUGGUGACAAUGAAGUUCGUCCUCAGUUUUUGCCCCGCCACUCGUCCAUCCGGUGCGGUCCCGCCCUGCAGGUGUGGCAAGGACAACGCAGCCACAGCCUAGUUCCGAUCCAGCCUGCAAACAUUUAGCGUGUGAGCGGCGUGCCCUUGCGCCCUACCACUCCUAGUGUUUGUGUGGCCCUGAGUCACGCACCCAGGUGAAGUGAACGGCAAAUUCGGACAAGGGCACACUGUCCUCAAGAUUUACGCUCCCUCCAUCCCUCUCGCUCUCCCUCUUCCAGUAAUCCACUCCCUCCUCCUUCCCCAGGACACGCACUCUUACUCUCUUCUCACGUCACACUGGUUCCUUUCCUUGCGGAAUGCACCCUCAUUUCCUUCCACACGGCAAGUCUUUCCUCCUCCCUCAUCACAACACGAACACUUACCCUCACUCCGCUCCUCGCGAUGCACAGUCCUUCCCUCCCCGCUGAAGAUCACUAUUUUCCCUCCCCCCCAUCCGGGCAUGCACUCCCGCCUCUCCGUACGCCGUAGAGUGCUUGGACCAUCAUACGGGUCAACGGCUGCUUGUGGUCUCGUGCCGUGUUCGCAAGGUCCUGGCACGUCCUGUUAGCGCGGCCACCACCGAGGCGCGGAUCUCUUCUAUCGGUAGUGUAGAUUACUUUAUCCUAGAUCUAUUCAUUUAUAAAAUAUUAACAGCUUUUCGAUUAUUGAAAAUAAAUAAAUAGCAAUA